CAUGUCGUAUUUAUCUCCUUCGUCAGAAAACAAAAAAUAUAUAUGUUUUGAAUGACCGACGAAGCCGACAGCCAUAUUUCAGAGCGAGCGACCGAGAACCCAGAAAGAGAGGGGAGAGAGAACUGUUCUCCUUCCCAGAAUUUGGGUUUGAGCAGCCAUAACCUAAUUCAACCUCUAAUUUGCGCCGAUUCUCCUUCUCUUCUGCAACUUUAUUGUUUUUUUCCUUGCGUUUUUCUUUUGCACGUUCUUAUUUCAUACCCCAUUUCCUUUUUUGGUCCAUCAAUUUUUGCACCGACAAAAAAAAGUUUUUAGUUUUGCACUUGAAAUUACUAUACUUUUAGCUGAAUUAAAUUCAAAUUUGGCAAUAACCGAGUUGAAAAAUCAUCAAAUAAUGGAUGAUUUUGGUGUUUUAGUGAAAAAUUAUGGUAUCAAACCCCAAGGCAAAUCAGCUCCAAUGGCUGCAUCGAAAACAGCACCAAGAACAACAACAACAACAACAACCACCCACAAUUACAAAUCUGUAAAUCUAGAUCCAUCUUUUGGUACCCACACCCAUAAUUCAAAUUCAGGAACUGGGUCUUUUUUCAAUGAUCACAAUGAUGAUAUUUUCGGGUUCAACUCAGUUAAGUGUUCUAAUAAUUAUUCAAGUUCAGAUGUUUUUGAUGAUGUAUUUCAAAUGCCAAUGAAAAAUCCUAGUUUCUCUAGUGGAGGAGGUGGUGGGGUUGACUUUGAUAUUGAAUCUAUGCUCAAAGGUUCAAUGAAUUUGAACUCGAACUCGAACUCGAAGCCGCCUUCGAAUGUUGAUGAUGAUCUUAUUUGGGGGUUUUCUGGGAAUGGGAGCACUAAUGUGGUGGUUGAAACUGAUGACUUGUUGUCAUCUGAUCCUGUGGAUGAUUUCUUGGGUAAAUUGGGAAAUUUGGGUUCUGAUCAAAGAGUUUCCAAAGGUACAAAAUCGGUUGAAUUGAAGAGGAAUAAGUUUAUAGCUGAUGAUUUGAUACCGGGGUUCGGGACAAGCAGUGCUUCUAAUGAUAGAGCUCAGGCUUCUGCAGCAGAGAAGAGUUCAGGUUCUUCUUCACUUGAAGAACUUGAAGAAUUUGCAAUGGGAAGGACCAAUGUAAGUUCAGUCAAGAAGGAAGAGAAGAAGACAGCCAACCAAAAAUCACGGGAGACGAACUUCAUUGAUAUAGAUGGCAGCUUUAAUGGUUACAGUGAACCAAUGUUUCCAGAAGAAGCACCUGAUUUGGAUUCUUUUUUUGGUGCACACACUAAAAAGAGUGUACCUGUAGCUGAAGACACAUCCAUGAAUGGAAAAUCCACUGAAGUAUCAGAUCUGUUUUCUGAAUCCGCAUUUGGAAUGGAGAAGAAAGUGUCAUCGAGAGAUUUUCCUGAUGAUUUUUCGUCGAUAUUUGGAGCUGUCCCGACAUCUGGAGUGUUUGAGGAAAUUGAAGGAGAAAGUGAUGAAAGACGAAGAUUAAGAUUAGAACGUCACCAAAAAGCUAUGGGUCGUAUGGAACAAGCAUUGGCACAGUUGAAUCAACGUGAAUAUGAGGCUCAACAGGAGCAGGAAGAGAGAUAUAGGAUUGCCGAAGCUAUGGAUCUGGAGAUGAAGCAAUGGGCUGCUGGGAAAGAGGGGAACUUGCGAGCACUACUGUCAUCUUUGCAACAGGUGCUUCCCCCUGCCCUUGGUUGGCGGCAAGUUACUUUAACAGACUUGAUUACAUCCUCUCAAGUUAAAGUCGUAUACAAAAAGGCUGCACUGUGUGUCCACCCAGAUAAAGUGCAGCAGAAAGGUGCUAGUCUUCAGCAAAAGUAUGUUGCAGAGAAAGUUUUUGAUCUGCUGAAGGAAGCUUGGAACAAGUUCAAUACUGAGGAGCUUCGAUAGAACUUUUAUCACAUCUUUCCUUCUUUUGUUGGUCUUUCCCACCGAGCUUCGUAAUCGCUGGAGAAUUUCGUAUGCACUAUGUAGAGGAGUUAUUCUUUUUCCUUUUGCAUGUAAAGGUUUCCCUUUUCUAAUUUUAUUUGUAUUUAGAAGUUGCUAGUUUAUCUGUGUCGAAUCAAUGUAGCAUUUGUCAAUAGUUGCAUAAGCUUAAACCAUAUGUUAAUGAAUCUAAGUGUAAGUUAAUGAAUUUGUCUUUAAAUUGCUUGAUUGCUUACCA